GUGCACACCUCUCACAGAGCUGGCAGUCGGCCGGCUCUGAGCUGCACUGCGCAUGCGCAGCUGACGUCACUGUCGGAGCUGGGCGGUGGUGACGACUGGUGCUGCAAACGGUGACUGGUGUCUUGGUGACGACCCGGCGGCUGGUGACUCAGGGCGCGGUAGGCACGGGAAGCUGAUAAAUACCAGAUUGGUGACCAAGAGGCAAGCAGUUCGCGAGGAAUCGCCGCCGGCGCAUCAGCUUCAGACAGCACCAGUCCCACAACCAAGGUCAAGCUCGCCAUGGACACUCUGAAGUCGACCCAGCUGCAGAAGGGAGCCUCUGGCGGCCUCGUCGCCGGCUCUGAGGCUCUCGCCGGCAAGAAGGUGAUCGGUAUCUACUUCUCGGCGCACUGGUGUCCUCCGUGCCGCAUGUUCACGCCGGUGCUGAAGGACUUCUACGAGGCGCUGCUGGAGGCCGGCUGUGAGCUGGAGGUGGUGUUCGUCUCGUCGGACCGAUCUCCGGCCGACAUGGCCGCCUACAUGAACGAGGCGCACGGCGAGUGGCUGGCGGUGCCGCACGGCAGUCCGGCCGCGCAGCAGCUGAAAACCGAGUUCCAGGUCAGCGGCAUUCCGACCCUGGUGUUCCUGAGAGCGGACGGCACGGUGGCGGAGCGCGACGGGCGCUCAGUCGUCCAGGGCAAGGGACCCACCAAGGCCGUGUUCGACCAGCUCGCCGGGAACUAGGCGGGAUCGCCGGCACUGCAGGGAUGGACCGACCACCGCCGGGGGGGGGGGGGAGGGGGCCACUGGGACUGCCGCAGUGUGGGGAAUGGGGCUUACGCACGUGCGAAAAUUCGCCCAGCCUUAUCUGCUUUAAAGCUAAGCUAUGCCCGUGAAUGUUUCCCAUGUUGGGAAGUUGGUACAAAGAGGCUUCAGUAAUCCCAAACUUUGGAAGAAUUUCUGAUCUAUGUUUGGCUCGUUUUUGUUACUAUCGGAAGAAAACGAUAUUCUGAAAUAUUUAAAAAGAGUUUUUGGCUCCUCCAUCGAGUUGCAGGGCGUAGUCUCGCUUUAAUUGUUAUGCACUAAAAUUAGAAUAAAAAAUGCAUGUGCGUUGUGCUAAAAUAGAGCGCGAUUGGCCCAUGGUAUUUUGUUGGAUAUUCGUGUUGAAGUCUUUGAACAGUUUACAUACGUUUUUAUGUGUGGCGUCUGUCGUUUUGGAAGUAAGCAUACCUACACAAAAAUCAGGGAAUCAGGGCAUGCCUUUAAUUUCUGCUAACUACCACACUUUUGGGUUGUUCCCGAAGGCGACCCCCUGAGACAUUUGUGUUGUGAUUUUGUACUGUCGCUUUAGCGCCUGGUGUGAUGAAAUAUACAAAGACGAACAGAA